AUGUAUGCCUCCCGCUCGCUCGCCCGCUUCGCGCAGGUGAUGUGUUUCUGCCCCUCCCCGCCGCUGCUGAUAUUUGCAUGUUUUUUUUUUGUUUCUCUCCGCCUCCUUUCUCCGCCGCACGGAACCAAUUCCCCAGUUGCACGCGCGUUGCCUGCGCAGCUGAAGCGAGGGAGCGGCGUUGAUUCCUGCUCGGGGGGGCGCUGCUGGUUUGGGACGCGUAUUUCCUUUUGCGUUUGUCUCUCGUCCCCGCCCCCAUUGAUGCUGCUGCGACGCACAGCCACGGCGCUGCGCUACCGCACGGCAUGGCGAGAGCUGCUCCACCCGCUGCCGGUGAAGGCGCGCAGGGCGGAGUGGCUGAAGCGCGACGCGGUCGAGCAGAACGAGGCGCUGCUGCGCCGGCCGUACUACACCCUCAAGUCCUACGCGCUGCCGCCGGUGGUGGGCCGGCAGCCCCCCGCAGCCGCAGCCGCAGCCGCCGCCUCCUCCGCCGGCGUCGAGGAUGCGCUGCGGCAGCCCCGCCGCGCCACCUCGCCGGAGCGGCUCCAGGAACUGCGCGAGCAGCUGCAGUUCCCCGGCGCCGUUGGGCCUCAGCUGCAAGCCGUGUCCUCAGUGGGGCGACCGACGGAGAGCUACACGGAGGCGUACGGGGCGCGGCUGCGGCCACGCUACCCAGAGAGCUGGGACACCGUGCCGCCGCAUCAACCCUCACGAGGCAUGCUGUGA